AGCAGUUAGUUCAUGUAUUUUGCAGCAGGGCAGAGCAGAUGGCAGCAAGGCGGUGCGGAGACUCUUUUAUAAUAACAGAGAAGGACUGACUUUGAUAGUACAGUCAAAACAGUCCACAUGAAUAAACCGGAUACUGGAGCGAAUAUACGCCCGACCGACGGGAACUUCUAAUGGAAAUAUAAUAACAUUAUUCACUCUCUAAAAAGCCUAGCACUUACAUUUGCUGGCAGACAGAUAAUUCAAUAUCAUUUCUCACUCUCAAGGGAUUAAAGGUAUUUUUCUCUGACUGUAUUUUUCGCGAAGGCAAAAUGCGGGUGAAAUCUAGAGACGAGAGUUUGAAUACUUCUGGGGAAUGUGACGGAUCCAAUGACUUGCUGACAGGUAACCCUCCCUCAGGCCAGAGCAGAAAGAACAUGAAGCAGCGCUUCCUCAAACUUCUGCCCUGCUGUCAUGUGGACUCCACACCAACCGUCAGGCAAAGCAAUAUAGAAGAGGAUUUUGAGCUUGCCACUGUGUGCUACAGGCCGGAUAGUCUGGAAAAAAUGAUGGAGCAGACCAAAUUCUCUAAAACAGAGCUACAAAUCCUCUAUAGAAGUUUCAAAAGUGAAUGUCCCUCUGGAUUAGUAAAUGAAGAGACUUUUAAGUUAAUCUACUCUCACUUUUUUCCUCAUGGAGACUCUAGCGCAUAUGCACAUUUCCUGUUUGAGGCUUUUGACCGACACAAAAAUGGAGCAGUAAGCUUUGAGGAUUUUGUGGUUGGCCUGUCAAUCAUCUUGCGUGGUACCGUCACUGAUAGACUUGGCUGGGCCUUUAGUUUGUAUGAUCUUAAUAAAGAUGGCUGCAUCACUAAAGAGGAGAUGAAUGAUAUUAUGAAGUCUAUUUAUGAUAUGAUGGGGAAGUACACGCAUCCGUGUAUGAAGGACAGCGCAUCGAGAGAACAUGUGGAAAGUUUCUUUCAGAAAAUGGAUCGCAACAAUGAUGGUGUCGUCACAAUGGAGGAGUUCCUGGAAUCGUGUCAAAAGGAUGAGGCCAUCAUGGAGUCCAUGCAGAUGCUGGAUCACGUAAUUUAGCUCUGCACGAUGAUCUUUGGACAUUUUUUGAGAACAGCAACAGUGUUUGAGCUGUUGUGGCGUCUGCCUGAUGACUCCCUCCAUCUUGCACCUACAAAAAACAAGAGCGACAGUGAACACCUGAACAGGUGCAAAGUGAGCAUGCCAUGUUAUUCUACACCCUGAGGAUGGAUUGAUGUGUUUGAGGAUCAGCUGUUGUAUGCCACUGUCUUUGCAUUGCUUUUCUUCGUUUAAUAUAAUGUGAAGAUAUAUUUUAAGCCAGUCCAACAAAAAAGGCUCUUAAAACUUCUUUCAGUUUUUUUUUUAUUUGUUUGUCAAUUAUACAGUAAAAGUGCACUAACACCUUAUAUCAUUAUUAUGUUUCCCACAGAAAGGAAUGUGUAAAAUUCCUAUAAUUACAAUCUGCAAGCAUUAUUCAUGUCAGAUGUAAUUCAUUUAGAUUAUGUUGUAACACAAUACUUUAAAAUAUAUGCAUAUGCACAACCAUUUACAAUCAAUGUCACUGAUGGGAAAGAUUGUGGAAUUGGCGGAAGUUGACGUAACGAACUAUGCAAAAGUGGAACAGUUCUUGGUAGAUUCGCACUAAUAAUGUUUUACAUUCUUCCUAAUAAAUACAUUUAUAUAUUUAUUUAUCCAUUUCCAUUUUUGUUGAUUUCAGUUCAUGUAGUAUAUUUAUUUAGUUAAUUUUGUAUGUAUAUACCAUACAAUUUUGAGUAGAUUAUUCAUAUUCCAUGUGGAUUCUCCAUGUCUUUGUCUUUUAAAUUUUUAAAUUUAUUGUUUUUUAUGUUAACAAAUAAAUUCAA